AUGACCUCACAUUCUUAUUGUCCUGGUUUUAAGUGGACGGAUAACGCCCUCCGGAAGGCCUGGCCCCGCAGGGCCUGCCUCGGUGCUGCGCGAACGAGGGCUCCUACGCCGCCCUGCAUUAAUGCCCGCGUUCCGGACGCCUGCCCGUCACCGGCGGGGCCCGGAGGUGCAGUUGGGCCCUUGCUCCCCCACCAGAAUUCACAUUUCGGCCCAGUCGCUCACUACAGGUGUGACCUUGGGGUAGAGCCAGGGGAGGAGCUGGAGGAGGAGGACUCUCCAGGCGGCCGUGAGGAUGGCUUCACUGCUGAGCACCUGGCUGCCGAGGCCAUGGCGGCUGACAUGGACCCCUGGUUGGUGUUUGAUGCCCGUACCACACCUGCCUCCGAGCUGGAUGCCUGGUUAGCCAAGUACCCACCGUCCCAAGUUACCCGCUAUGGGGACCCCAGCUCACCCAACUCUGAGCCCGUGGGCUGGAUUGCAGCGUAUGGGCAGGGCUACAUCCCCAACUCCGGCGACGUGCAGGGCCUGCAAGCAGCCUGGGAGGCUCUGCAGACCGGUGGGCGGCCCAUCACCCCGGGUACCCUUCGCCAGCUGGCCAUCACCCACCACGUGCUCUCGGGCAAGUGGCUGAUGCACCUGACACCUGGCUUCAAGCUGGACCACGCCUGGGCUGGCAUUGCUCGGGCCGUGGUCGAGGGCCGGCUUCAGGUGGCCAAAGUGAGCCCACGGGCCAAGGAGGGUGGGCGCCAGGUCAUCUGUGUUUACACGGACGACUUCACGGACCGCUUGGGUGUGCUGGAGGCAGAUGCAGCUAUCCGUGCGGCGGGCGUUAAGUGCCUGCUCACCUACAAGCCUGACGUCUACACCUAUCUGGGCAUCUACCGGGCCAACCGUUGGCACCUCUGCCCCACUCUGUAUGAGAGCCGUUUCCAACUGGGGGGCAGUGCGCGUGGCUCCCGUGUGCUGGACCGCGCCAAUAACGUGGAACUGACUUAGUGGGGCCACCUGUGGAAGACCACCCUCUGCGCCCCCUGCUAGGGAUGGGUCCUCCUGUCUUCCUCCUUCCUGUCCCAAGGGGGCCAAGUCCCCCAGCUCUGAGGACUAGGUCACGCUGGAACUGCCUGCAUCUUCAAUCCCUUUGAACUUCCGCCCUCUGUUCAGGGCUGACUUAAGUCCCCAUCAGCUGGAGGCUCUGGCUCUCUGAGGGCCGGACCCUCAGACUCUGCUGCUGCUGCCCCUCUGCCAUCCAGGACCACAGUCUGGGGCCAGACCCCCAGGAGGAGAACCCUCCUUGGCCAUCCUCAUCCUUGGUUUUACCUUCCCUUCCUGCAUCCCUCCCCGUCUUAUCUUCUCCCUCACGAGAGAGAAAACUUAGUGCUUCCAGUCCCUCCUUGGAGCAGAGGCCCUGCAGGUCCGAGCAUGCCGUUUUUUGGAGGGGGGGGGUGAUUGUACCCACUCAGCCCCUGGCAAAGAAAGGGGAUGCCAGGGCCAUGGACAUGGGGUCUAUCUACCCUCCCUGUCGCUUCACAGUCUGCACCACCUCCCCCCCUUCCUUCACUACCUUGUCAUGUGCCUGCUCUUGGCAUCUCAAUAAAACCCAGCUUGGGUCUGUG